GAACAGAAGAGUAAUGAUUAAAACAGUAAACAGUUACCCCAAAAGUGAAAAAACUUGAAGUUAAUUGUGUGCGUGUUUUUGCGAAGUGUGUAUUGAGUUGCAUGACGAAGAAAAUCAAUCCGAAUUGAUAAUGGUAGAAAAACUAGAUCAAUUAAUCAUAAAAAGCGAACCAUUUUAUGCGAUUGACGAUACCGAUCUCUUGAAUGGUAUCGCCGGUUUGCAUCAAGAUGCAGAUUUGAGAAUACUCUGUCUUACGCGAUUAGGAAUCUGCGAGGAAACGAUGACACUAUUGGAAGCUCACAAAAUUGACAUCGAAUGUUUGAAAAAGAUGCGCUUCGAAGACUUUGAUGCUCUGUUCGAAGGUCGGCCCCUGGGGCCAAAAAUUCUUUUUCGAGAAGCCCUCAUAGCUUGGCGAACCGAAAUUGGGCUGCCCAUGAGGAGUCUCCGAGUGAUCUCUAACCGAAAGCGAGCGGUCGAACAGGAACAGGUUCCUCUUCCUCGCUCUAUUCGACCAGUAAACAGCAACAUUAACAACGAUGCUACCAGCACUACUAUAGCAAUGGAAGCACCUAAACCAAAAACUGUUCCUAAAAUUCAGUAUAAUUUAUUUCCAUGGCCAAUGACGCCGGAGGUCUUAAAGGAUAUACUGUCCAGCUGUGUAAUGGGGCGGCUUAUUCUGCAAUCAGGCGAGCUUGGCAGUUUAGAGAAGGCCUACCAAAGUCAGCUAACUGCAAUCGUGAUCGAUUACCACAUGGAGUUUGACCUCAAGAUUACUGCUUUGCAGCUUGAAAACUACGCACGAUGCAUCACAAUGCUCUUCCCGCAUGAGAAUCAGAAUACAUAUCACAUUCCGCGGGGGCCAACCAGGCGGAAUCCAGGAGGUUCUCUCUACUCAAGAUUUAUCAACCAAAAAAUCAGUAAAAAAGCACUGGCCAUAGGCAGUGGUUUAGCACCUGCUUUUCAAAAUUAGAUAUCUUCGCUAAACGUUGUGGUGUGCUAGUGAAUAUUUAAAUGGUAGGAUUUUUGUAUUUAUGUUGAAAUGUGAUUAUUAUUACAAUUUUGGUUGUUUACUCUACUCUGGCAAACAAAAACCGGUAGUAUUACAAUAAAACAAGAGACUUGUAUAACUUAAUUAAAUACCCGAAAGAGAACUUUUUUUUAUAUUUUUUUUGAGUAAAAUUUUUGAAAAACAUCUGAUUGUUAAA